AAAUCCAACCCUUGAAAAAUUAAUUCCUUCGUUCUUCAACCUGAACUGAAGCAUUAAAUCUCUCUGUAACAUAGCCAAUGCUAAAGCUCCUAAUACGACGUCGUCCUUCCCCUCUAACUCAAUUCUCCAUCCAAUCAUACUCCUUUCUCUCCACUGACGCCGAUGACCCUCCUUUCUCUCUCAUCCCAAAACCCCUAAAAGAGAAUAUAGACAAACAAAAACAGAAACAAUCACGAAAUUCCCAAAAUACCCUCAACUUUCCUAUAAAUUCCGACCUACCCUUCGACUUCCGCUACUCCUACUCCGAAUCCGACCCAUCGGUUCAGCCCAUUGGGUUCCGCGAACCGCCCAAAUUUUCUCCUUUUGGGCCGGGCCGGCUUGACCGUAAAUGGACCGGGACGCAUGCUCCGGUUCGCGGGGACAAAUUAGAGGAGAGAGAAAAAUGGGAGAAAGAGAAAGAACAUGUCUUGGGUGAGCCGUUGUUGGAAGAAGAGGUUGAUGAGCUAGUGGAAAAGUAUCGCCACAAUGAUUGUGCUCGUCAGAUCAAUAUUGGGAAGGACGGAGUUACUCAUAACAUGUUGGAUGACAUCCACAACCAUUGGCGGAGAGCUGAGGCCGUGAGGAUUAAAUGCUUGGGAAUACCAACUCUUGAUAUGGACAAUGUUUGCUUUCACCUUGAGGACAAAUCAGGUGGAAAGGUCAUCUACCGUCACCUUAAUGUUCUGCUUUUAUAUCGGGGUAGGAAUUAUGAUCCCAAGAACAGACCUGUAAUUCCUCAUAUGCUUUGGAAGCCUCGUGCUCCUAUAUAUCCGAAGCUUGUGAAGAAUGUUGCUGAUGGCUUGACGUUUGAAGAAACGAAAGAAUUGAGGAACCAAGGCCUCAAUUCUCUUGCACUCAUGAAGCUCACCAGGAAUGGUGUGUAUGUGAAUGUCGUGCAAAGAGUGCGAGAUGCCUUCGAGACUGAGGUGGUGGUUAGACUGGAUUGUACCCAUGUAGGAACCAGUGACUGCAAAAGGAUUGGUGUCAAGCUAAGGGAACUGGUACCAUGUGUCCCAAUCUUGUUCAAGGAGGAGCAAAUUAUUAUGUGGAGAGGAAAGAGAGACCAAGACAAUCAAGCUAGCUGCUCAACUGAACUACCGAGUUUGUAGAUGUCGUAUGAGAACCCCUCUGUUUUUACACUUGGUCUUGAAAGAUAUCGAACAGGAAGAUUAUCAAAAUCAUAAAGUUCCUCUUUUAUGAGCUGCCAUUUGUCAUAAAAAUCUGAAGCUGCCCCAUCAUUGCACAUAUGUCUAUGUAGAGGCGUCGAUGACAAUGAGCUCUGGUCAUUGCUGCUCCGAGUUCUGAUAAGUACUCGAUUGGGAAGGUUGAGAUGAUUGGAAAUGAGGACCAACUUCCAGAGGAUUCUCGUCUUCAUUGCAUCACCAAGCGAAGUUAAUUUGAUGUUUGAUCAAUAUAUUUGAGACUUUGGCACAAGCAUAAAUCUAUGACAAUGCAACAAAUUGUAGUGAAAGAUUAUUGUAGUCAUAGUGAUUUCCUCUCAUGCUCUAGACUGUACCAUGUUAGUUACAAAAAAGAGUUUUAGACUGGCCAUUGUCAACAUAAAGUGGCUGUAGUACAUUGCCUCUAUUUGUGGAGGAUAUUGAAAGUUGGAAGAAAAGUAUUGCAAGUGUUUGUGAAUGA